AUGAUACCACUGGUAAGCAAGAAGAUGGACCAAUUUCUGGACAUGCAGAAUCUUCUCAUCCUCUGCAAGAUGCUCCUCAGGAGAACCGGCCUGUCGGCAAUGAAGACCGAGAGAUGUCGCAACACGCCCUUCCAAGUGGUGAAGAUGAUGAAGACGACAGUGACAGCGACAGCGAUGAUGACGACGUGAAAGUGACUAUUGGCAACAUUAAGACGGGAGCGCCCUCGUACAUGGGAACUCCCAUGAAUCUAAACUUAAAAACGGGUAGAGGCUAUGGAGCGUCUGCUUCAGCCAAGUUGCAGCCCAAAGGUAUUGACUUAGAUGCCGCAGGGAAUAUAAAUGGAUUGCCUGUUAUAGAAGUGGAUUUGGAUUCAUUUGAAGACAAACCGUGGAGGAAACCAGGGGCUGAUCUUUCUGAUUACUUCAAUUAUGGAUUCAAUGAAGAAACCUGGAAAGCUUACUGCGAAAAGCAGCGACGGCUUCAGCUUGGCCUGGAUCCGGCCCCCCCCAUCAGCACGGAAAAUAAGAUCACG